AAGCGAUAGCUCGUUGUCGUUUAAUUGUUGUCUCAACAAUUGAACAUACGCACGGUCACAGAAAUGCCUUAACACAUGAACUUGCACGAAUGUGCCUUGGCACUCGUUGACAAAUUCAUGUGUUAGGGCGUGAUUAAUGUCUUAAGUCCAACGCACAAUAGAAAAAAUAUUAGGAAAUUGGAAUUAUAUAUGUACUUCAUUUCAAAACAAGAAAGUCGAUUAGAUUAAAGCAUCAUGAAUUAGGAAUUAAGAAUAAUUAAUCCAUUCCGUUCCCUCAUUUGAAGUAAAAUAAUUUUACAUUGCUCCUCUCCUAAUAUUUAAUAUUUAUUCCUAUUAUUUCCGUUAUUGUGCGUUAGGCCUUGCGCUUGCGGUUUUUUUUUUCAGUCAAACUUAUCGUCUUUAGGCGUUCGUAUAUAAUGAUUGUUGACGAAAAAUCCAGAAAUAUUCAAAUAAAUUGUUGGUUAAAAAGAAUUGAUUUAAGAAUUCCAAGCAAAAUCAGUAGCGUAAAACAACUAGCGCUAUUCAACAAGUCGGCAGUGAGAUUAGACAAUUAGAUCGCUAUGAAUAUAGAAGGAGAAGAGAAACAUUUUGUCAAGUUAUAUUCUGACAGAGUGUCGUUAUUUAAAUAAUUUGCAAAAAAUUCCGUUGAAAAAUGCAGGCAGGCAUCUCGAAGCAGCAAUCAAACCGCGAUUCCUCCAUACAUCUGCACAAGAAGAAGCUCACCGAGCAGGAAAUACAAGAGCUGCAUCAAGAGUUGGAAACUGUCGAUCACCUCGUGCCUUUAGACACUCUGUGCGAGAGGCUGAACACAGACACGAAGGUGGGUCUGACGGAGGAGCAGGUGCGUCAAGUUUUUUCGCGGGACGGACCGAACGCGCUGACCCCGCCCAAGGUCACCCCGGAGUAUAUCAAAUUCUUCAAGUGCAUGUUCCACGGGUUCGCCGCGUUGCUCUGGGUCUGCGCGACUCUCUGCUUCGUGCUGUACGCCGUGACUUGUUUCACGCACGAGCCCGACAUCGGUAUCGUGUGGCUGGGCAUAAUCAUCGUCCUGAUAUGCCUCACGUCGGGCGCGUUUGCGUACAUACAGGAGGCGAAGAACACCAAGGUGAUGGAGUCCUUCAAGAAGAUGGUGCCGACCUUCGCGACGGUGAUACGCGACGGCGCGAAGGUGCGGCUCGCCACCGAGCAGCUGGUCAUGGGCGAUCUGGUGGAAAUACGAAUGGGCGACAAGAUACCGGCCGACAUCCGGGUGAUCGAGUGUCGCGGGCUGCGGAUCGAAAACUCCAGCAUCACCGGCGAGAGCGAGCCGGUGGCGCGUACGAAUUAUCCCACCGACGCGAAUCCCCUCGAGUCCGCCAAUGUGGCGUUCUCCACGUCAUUCGCGGUGGCGGGCGACGGUAAGGGGAUCGUGAUCGGCACGGGCGAUCGCACCAUGAUCGGUCGACUGGCCGGUCUCACGUCGCAGCUCGCCAAGAUCGAGACGCCGAUCGCCAAGGAGAUCCGGCACUUCGUCGAGAUCAUCACGAUUGUCGCGGUGCUGUGCGGCCUCGCCUUCUUCGGGCUGUCGCUGCUGCUGGAGCCGAACAUCGUGCGGGCGUUUAUCUACCUGCUCGGCAUAGUCAUCGCCAAUGUGCCGGAAGUGCUGCUGGUGACCGUGACGACAGUUUUGACGCUGACCGCGCAGCGGAUGGCGAACAAGAACUGUCUGGUGAAAAACCUGGAGGCGGUUGAGACCCUGGGCUCAACGUCGGUGAUCUGCUCCGACAAGACCGGUACUCUCACGCAGAACAAGAUGUCCGUGUCCAACCUGUGGUUCGGUCACACCAGAUACAACUUCACGCCGGGUGAAAGAAUCGGCGUCGAGCGGGACCUGCUGCUGGAGAAGCCAGACUUCCGCGUCAUGCUGAGAGCCGCGACUCUCUGUCUGCGCGCCGAGUUCACCGCCGAGUCUUACAUGCUCGCCCCGAUUGAAGAGCGCGAGAUCAUCGGUGACGCGUCCGAGACCGGUAUCCUCAAGUUUUGCGAGCACGUCCACACGACGCAGAAGUAUCGCGACGCUUAUCCGAAAGUCGCCGAGAUCCCGUUCAGCUCCAUCACCAAGUAUCAGAUGUCGAUACACCGGAACGCUGCGGGCUACACGAUAAUAUUGAAGGGCGCUCCGGAAGUGAUACUGGAGAACUGCGCGACGAUACUGACGGCGGACGGCGAGACCAAGGACAUGACCACUCACGAUCAUUCGAUACUGCGCCGGGCCUGCACAGAGCUAGGCUACCUCGGCGAACGCGUGCUCGCGUACUGCGACAUGGAUCUGCCUGCGGACGUGUACGGACCGAGCUACAGAUUCAUCACCGAUUCACCCGCGUCCUACAACUUUCCCACCAAAGGCUACAGAUUCGUAGGGCUGAUAAGUCUGAAGGAUCCGCCGCGACCGGGCGUGCCCGAGGCGGUGGAGAAGUGCCGCACCGCCGGCAUCAAGGUGAUCAUGGUGACGGGCGAUCACCCGAUGACGGCCAUGGCGAUCGCCAAGAAGGUGGGCAUCAUCAGCGAAGGUCACGAAGCCCACUACGAGCAGGCGAUUUUGCAGAAUAAGUCUUACACGCAUAUAGCCGAGCCUCACACCGACGCGAUCAUCAUCACCGGCAGCGAGUUGCGGAACAUGAGUGCGAGUGAGCUGGACGAUGUCAUACGCAAUUACGAGGAGAUCGUCUUCGCGAGAACGUCGCCGCAGCAGAAGCUGCUGAUCGUGGAGAGCUGCCAGCGUCUGGGGGAGAUCGUGGCGGUCACCGGCGACGGCGUCAACGAUUCGCCGGCGUUGCGAAAGGCCGACAUCGGGAUCGCGAUGGGCAUCGCCGGCUCCGACGUGGCGAAAAACGCCGCGGACAUGAUACUCAUGGACGACAAUUUUGCGUCGAUCGUGACCGGCGUCGAGGAGGGCCGCUUGAUAUUCGACAAUCUGAAGAAAUCGAUCUGCUACACGUUAACGUCGAGCGUGCCGGAAAUGCUACCGAUGCUGACCGGCUUGAUAUUCGCGAUUCCUCUACCCCUGGUGAUCGAGCUGGUGAUUUGCAUAGACGUCGGCACCGAUCUGGUGCCGGCUAUCGCCUUGGCGUACGAAAAAGCCGAGUCCGACAUAAUGCGACGCGCGCCGAGGAACCCUCAGUACGACAAGCUCGUCAACAAGCGUCUGAUAUCCAUCACUUACGGCCAAAUAGGAAUGACGCAGUCGUUCGCCGGAUUUUACACCUACUUCAUGGUGCUGAUGAUGAACGGCUUUAUGCCCGAUCGUCUGCUCGGCUUGCGAAUCGAGUGGGAGAACCCGUCCAUCAACGAUCUUCAAGACUCGUGGGGCCAAACGUGGACGUACGAGAACAGGAUGAGUCUGUUGAUGGAAGCGCAAAGCGGAUACUUCCUCUCCAUCGUUAUAACGCAAAUGAUCGAUCUGGUGAUGUGCAAGACCAGACACAAUUCCAUCUUUCAGCAAGGAAUGGCAAAUUGGUUUGUCAACUUUUCCUUCGUCUUCGAGAUUGUUCUAACGGGGCUUUUACUCUACGUUCCGGGCACGGAGUACGUAUUGAAAACUAUGCCACUGAAAGCUUAUUGGUAUUGGCCUUGCUUGCCUCUCGGCGCAUUUCUUUGGGUCUACGAUGAACUGAGACGUUUGUGCAUUCGUCUUUUUCCAGGCGGAAUCAUAGAAAGAGAAACGUAUUAUUAAAGUUCUUUUUGUUACGAUUCCAUAGAGAAAUAGUUGCUUUCCAGUAUGUAAUUUAAAUAUCCGCCACAAUCUGUCAUAUGUGUGCAUAUGUAUUUCUGCAUGCCUAAUGUUUCUCUCUCA